AGAAAAAAAAAGUAAGAGAGAGGAAAAAAAAUGGUGAGAAAGAGUGAGAAAUGUUGAAAUUAAAGUGAGAGAGUGAAUACGACACUAAAGGUCUUUUGGGGUGGGCUCAUAUCCAACCAGUGACGAAGCCACUGGAGGCUUUGACGUGGCUGCUACGUACCUGCCCGUUUGCCCACUCCGAUUGCAGCAAAGUCGGUGACGAUAAAUACGUAACUGGGCUUGUGGUCCCCGGGCUAUGGAAAGUAUGGUCGAAGAGAACGGAUCAGCAGUUGACUCAAUGUCACCUGGUUCACAGAGUGGCGAUGCAGCACCAGCAAUUGCAACCUCGGUACAGUCAAUCAGUAGAACACAUCAGCAGACACAUCAUCUUGUUGCCUCUACCAGCAUUGUACAACUGACACUACCAGCGUCUGGAACAACUCAGGUGCAAUCUGUUAUUCAACCCAAUCAUCAGUCUGUGAUACAGAGUGCUACGAAUAUUCAACCUGUGGCGUUAUCCAAGGGGAAUGUCAUUCUUGUCAAACCAAACUCUGUUAUACAGUCGACCCAAGCUAAUAUACAAACGCUACAGGUCGUCGAUGCAGGGAGUGACGAUAGUUUUUCCGACGAGGAUUCACCCAAAAAACGAAGAGAUCUCUUAACAAGACGAGCGUCGUACAGAAAAAUAUUGAAUGACCUGAGUGCGAGUGAAAUUGCAGCAGGUAACUUGCCUCCCCUAGAAUCCUCCCUUGAGUGUGACUCUAAUGUGGACAGUGACAUGUCUUCCCACUCGCUCCACUACCAAACAGUAAUACCUGCGGGAACAAUACAAAUAGCUACCCAGGGGGAGGGUGUGCCAGGGCUUCACACACUGACAAUGAGCAACGCGGCAACAGCGGGUGGAACAAUAGUGCAGUAUGCACAGGGCCAGGACACGCAAUUCUUUGUCCCAGAUUACGCAGGGCAUGGGGUCGUCGUCGAGGAUGCAGCCAGGAAAAGAGAGAUGAGGUUGCAGAAGAACCGGGAGGCAGCGCGUGAAUGUCGAAGAAAGAAGAAAGAGUACAUAAAAUGUCUGGAGAAUCGUGUGGCAGUGUUAGAGAAUCGUAAUCAAACCCUAAUCGAUGAGCUCAAGUCUCUCAAAGAGCUGUACCAGCAGAAAACUGACUGAGACUGGCAUCCAACAAUCUCGGUACGUAAUCCGAUGAAAUUCAAUAUCUCAUCCCUUUUGUGCACGUUGUCGUCCACUACGGCAUGAUGGGAUCAUUAAAUGUCCCGGAAUACAUUUUUUUUUUUCUCUGAGAAAGAUAAAAAGCCAGCAAAACGCAAAAAAAAUAUUAUAACGAUGGAAAAUGUGGGGUUAAACAAGUUCAACAUGAAUUGUAUAAGUGUUUCUGUAUAAUAUUGUAUUUAUGUAUCGACGUAUGAUGGAAAUGAUUUUUUUUAAUGGGUUCUGAAAGGCUUGUGAAACUUGCUGUUGAGUCAUUGUGAGAAGCCAAAGUCGAUUUUUUUUUUCUUUGAGACAGACGAGCCACUGAAUUCGGGGAUUAUUUGUCGAGGGGCUCUUCCAGGUGGAGAUUAAGUUUCUGGAAUUUUUUGACAGUUUCUCUCGGUCUUCGGACGAUGGUACAAAUAUUUUUUACUCAAUUCACCCGAAUUCUCGAUUUUCGAGGGAGUUAAAAUAUUCUUUCACCCUUAAUUACGGAAUUAUCUCUCGAGAAUUGAGAAUUGAAGUCGAGUUUAAAAAAUGCUCGAGGGAAUUAUUGGGAAUCGAUGGCAUUUUGUUAUUUGAAACGAAAUUCUUUUGAUUCUCUCAUUUUUUUUUUCAUUCCAGAGAUUUAUUGAGAAUGUUGUUACGCAUUUAUUUCGGUUUUUAAACAAAAUUAAAGUUGAUUAAUUUUUUUAAUGAGGAUAACGAGAAAAGUGAAGACCAAAAUUUUCAGUUCUCAAUGUCUCAAAAAAAUUUUUCCCCUGAGUUAAAGAAAAAAAAAUCGAGAUGAAAUUUUCACACCGGGAAUUUAUGACAAAUGGACAUUUUUAUAUCUUCACGAGUUAUUGAUUGUUGAAAAUAGUCCAUAGUAGUCUGCCCUAGGUACCUAAGUCCUGUGUCCGAUGUCCUAGAAAAAAAAAGCCUCACCGCAAAAAUCCCCGACCCAAAACCGAAAAGAUAAAAAAAAAAAUCCACGAAUAAAAUUCACAUGAAAAACUGCUGCGUUGCAGUGUCACAUAAAAAAUGAAAGAUAAAUAAUAAAUCCGGGAAAGAGUCAUGGACAUCACCACUGUAAAAUAAUGAAAGAAAAAAGUGUAAUAUAUUUAAGAAAAAAAAGAUGAAUGAAAAGAGGAGAGAAAUAGAAAAAAGAAAAACCGGAAAAGCCGAAAAAAAUAAAUAAAUAAAGAUAAAUAAAAAAACAUCAGGAGUGCCUUGAAGAUUGCAGUAUAUACAUAUAUGUUUACGUAUGAGUUAUAUGUAUGUAAUGAUAUAAAAAGAUGAAUGAUAAUAUUAAUCUUUUAGGGGAAGAGAUUGAGAAGAGAAUUAUUUUGAAAUGAAAACAAUGAGAGAAAAUAAAUAAAUUAAGGAAAAAGUACUCUAUUCGGAGGAAAUGCGAAUAUUCGUGAGGAAAAAGGGGAAAAUUACGAAAAUUCUGGGUGUCAGUGGAAAUCUGAGGAUUUUUUUAAUAAAAAUGGAAAAUUUAUUUUUAUCCCCAGGAAAAAAUCGACUUCCGUCGCAUUUUCUGGAGAAAUCAAUAAAAAAUUUCUUAAAUAAAAGCGAAAAUUCCUCGGAAAAUCGCUGACAACUCCGGAAAACUCAUUACUCACAUGAAAUUGACGAGAUGUGGAUAAAUUGGUAACGAAUAAUAAAUAAUUUGAGUCACAAAAUUUUGAUGAGUCCGUAAAAAUUUAUCGAAGAAGAAUAAAAAAGGGAAUACAAUUUUAAUUUCGAUGAAAAAAUUCGAUUUGUCCGUGAGAAAUAGCGAAAACCCACGGGUUCAUGAUUUAUAUUCGAAAAUAAUUAUCGAAUGGAAUCAUAAAUUUAAUUUGAAACAUUUCUCAAUUUCACUUGACUAAUGAACUUUCCUCAUUAAAAAAUAGAGAUGAAUAUUAAUUCAUGUGAUGGUAUCAUCGGAACGUAUAUGUCAUAUUUGUUGAAAUAAAAAAUCACGAUCAAAUCCAAAAAAAAAAAA